CCCCGCAGGGAGCGACCCCGGGCCCAGGUGAGGGCUCAGGUGAGGCCCCGGGCCCAGGUGAGGCCCCGGGCCCAGGUGAGGCCGCAGGUGAAGGUGAGGAUGAAGGCCCAGGCCCAGGUGAGCGCCCAGGUGAGCAGGGGGGCGGGGCCUCACCUGCCCCCGCUGCCCCCCGAGAUCGUCCUGAGGAUCUUCCAGGCCGCCGUGGAGGGGGAGGGGGCCGUGCCCUUCCUGUGCAGGGUGUCCCGCGUGUGCCGCCUGUGGCGUGACCUGGCCGCCGACCCCCGGCUGUGGCUGCGGGUGCACCUGGGGCCUCACCUGGGCGCUCACCUGGGCGGCCCCGCCCGCGGCCGCCGCCCCCCCGAGCAGGUGCUGAGCCCUCUGCUCCGAUUGGCCGAGACCAGGUUCUCGCUGCUGCAGGAGUUUGUGCUCAGUGAUUGGAGCCGGCACGUGGGGCCCGUGCUGCAGGCCCUGAGCAAGUUCUGCCCCCACCUGCGGCACCUGGAGCUGCGGCGCUGCCAGGUGGAGGCGGCGGCGCUCGGGGGGUUCCUGGCGGCCCCUCCCCCCCUGCAGCACCUGCACCUCACCUGUCCCCGCCUGCGGCCCGUGCUGCCCGCCCUGGCCGCCGGGCUCUGUCCCCGGCUCCGGGUGCUGGAGCUGGAUCAGAGUUUGGGGGGGCCCGGCCCCCCCCUCCCGCUGCCCCUGGAGCGGCUGCAGGCGGCCUGUCCCCUGCUGCAGGAGCUGCGGCUGGGCGGGGCUCUGUGGGAGCCGCAGCGCUGCCCCUCCCCCGCCCCGGGCGCCCCUCCCCCCUCCUUCCCGCGGCUCCGCCUCCUGGCGCUGGGGGAGGGGCCCGGGGGGGCGGGGCGGCGCUGGGGGAGGGGCUCCUGCGGCGCCUCCUGCGCGGGACCCCCCGGCUGGGGGCGCUGGAGCUGCGCGGCUGCCCCCAGGUGACCCCCCGGGCGCUGCUGGCCCUGCCCUGCGCAGGUGAGGCACACCUGGGGGGAGGGCACACACCUGGGCACACCUGGGGUACACCUGGGAUACACCUGGGACA